UCCCAAAUCAUUGGACACACUGCCCGCACCACGCAGACAGCCCGGAGGAGGAGACAUGGCGAGCAGAAAGACGAAGAAGAAGGAAGGAGGCGCCAAAAGAGCUCAGAGAGCCUCGUCCAACGUUUUCUCCAUGUUUGAACAAACUCAGAUCCAAGAGUUCAAAGAGGCGUUCACACUCAUCGACCAGAACCGGGACGGAUUCAUCGAUAAAGAAGAUCUCAAGGACACAUACGCAUCCCUGGGUAAACUCAACGUGAAGGACAACGAGCUGGAAGACAUGCUGAAAGAAGCCACGGGCCCCAUCAACUUCACCAUGUUCCUCAACCUGUUCGGAGAAAAGCUCCACGGCACAGACCCCGAAGACACCAUCCUAAACGCUUUCAAAAUGUUCGACCCCGAUGCCAAAGGCUUCAUUCACAAAGACGAAUUACAGAAGCUACUGAUGACACAAGCAGACAGGUUCACGUCUGAGGAGGUGAAGCAGAUGUUCCAGUCGUCGAACAUCGACACCGCAGGAAACCUGGAUUACAGAUCUCUGUGUUACAUCAUCACGCACGGGGAGGAGCAGGAGGAGUAACGUGUCUCUGAGCUGAGCGCGAACCUGCUGCAGCAUCACAUUCAGUGUUUGUCUUUAAGUUCAAAUAAAAAAAAGGAAAACUGGCAGAAAA